AUGUCCAAAGGUUGUAGUGCAUUAGUCUUGGGAGCUGUAUUUAAGAAUUCUACUAGACUUAUUGCAUAUAAUUGGCUGAGUAAUUUUAUGGCUGUUGAUACACAUGAUAAUACCAAAAAGACAAGUGCUCCACGAUUGGUAAUUGCUGGUGUUAUGAGUGCAUUUGCGGAAACUUUGUGGUUGAUUCCAUUUGAGAAUAUUAAGAUUAGAAUGGUACAGAAUCAAAGUUUGGUGAAUGAAUUCAAGAGAAAUAAGGAACUUGUAUCAAUUGUACCAUCUGGUAAUCAAAGUAAUAAACCAAAGAAUAUAUUUUAUAAACAAUAUGUAUCACCCCAUCAAUAUUUCACGGGUGAUGUAAUUGAUCAAUAUAAAGGAGGAGAACCUCCAUCAAAAUUUAAACCUUAUAAACCAACCCCAAUUGAUAAGUUAAAAGUUCAUUACAAUAAACAUCCAUCUUUAACUUUAUUAGGAACAAUCAAAGAAAUGCAUCAAUUACAAGGAAUACGAGCAUUCACAUCGGGGACAUUGAUCACAUUCGCCAGACAAAUUGGAGUCUCUUGGGUUUGGUUAUCUACUUAUAAUGCUACUAGACAAUUAAUUGAUCCCCAUAAUAAAGAACCAAGUUGGUUUGGUCACAAACAUACCGCAAUUCAACUGACUGGAUUACAUUUGAUUUCAUCACUUGCUGUGAUUGCAGUCACACUUGGAAACCUACACUAUUUCAGUGUAUACGUUGACUUCUUACCCUUUGUUAACUCUAAUGAUUCUUUACGUACUGCUUAUAGAUUGGUAUUACAAGAAGGUCCCACUGUCUUAUUCAAAGGGGCCUUGCCUAGAGGUUUAAAAGUAUUACUUAGUGGUGGGUUAACUGCUUCGAUUUAUGGAAAAGUUGAAGAGAUAGUACCUCAACGAUAA